GUGAAAAAAACUAAACAAAAAGGCGAAGCGGCGACAACAAGCGGCACUUUCUCCCCUUUCUUUUGUCUUGGCCUGCUUUUCACCAGGGAAAUAAUUUAAAAAAAAAAGCCAACAUGGACACAAUAGUAAUGUUUGUUGUCACUCUGACGGCGGCUUUUGUUCUAACUUCAGCCACCGGAAGUCAGCCGAGCUGGAGGAGAGUCAACAAAGUAAAGUUGCUGGGAUUCGACUGGGAGAAUUGCGGCAAGCCGGACGCCGUCGCCGUGAUGAGGACGCUCGACGUGUCGCCCGACCCCGUCAGCAUCCCGGGCGAGGUGACGGCCGCCGCCUCCGGGACGACGUCCGUGGAGCUCGGUGCUCCUCUCGCCGUCAACGUGACGUUGGAGAAGGAGGUUGCAGGGUUCUGGGUGAAGGUUCCGUGUUUGGAGGAAAUGGGAAGCUGUCACUAUUCUGACGCCUGCGAUGUCCUGAACCAGCUCAUCCCACCUGGACACGACUGUCCAGAACCUCUGCACACCUACGGACUGCCCUGCCGCUGCCCCUUCAAGCCUGGCUCGUACUCGCUGCCCCAGUCGGACUUCUUCCUGCCCUACAUGGAUCUUCCGUCCUGGCUCACCAACGGACACUACCGCCUGCAGGGAGUCCUCGGCAGUGCGGGCGAAGAGCUGGGCUGCCUCAAGGUGGCGCUCUCUGUCAGCUCGGACUGAGGGGCUGUGUGCGACGUAACCGAGACCACCGUGAUCAAAACCCUUUGAUGAAACGAUCAAUUUCCUGUCUUGCUCACUUUCAAAUGUGAACUUUUUAUUCCUCAGGCUUUUACUUUUGUGAACCAUUUCAAAGUUUUUCACAAUAAAAUUGACUUUGAUGAACA